AUCUGCCUCUCAUGCAUCAGGCAUGGGGAGGGGCUCAGGAGGUCAGUGAGGGGUGGCCCUGGGUCCCCUGGGAGUCCGGGAGUCUCUGUGUGAGCAGGACUUGGCUGUGCAGUGGUUAGAGACAAGGGUGAUCCACCAGCUCCAUCCUCAUGCCUUGGUGAUUUCUUGGAAUGUCCCUGGGAGUUGGGUGCAGGUAGAGACUUUGUAGACCAUAGCUCCUGGCACUGUGCUGCCUGCCUGCCCCAUCCUGGCUGUGUGUUUGCUGUGAAUCCUACGGAAUCCUGGCUGUGAGUUCGCUGUGAAUCCUAUGGAAAGGGCUACCCCAAGGGGACAGGAGUCCAGCCUCCUACUCUUGGCACUGCCAUCAUGCAGCCACGGGCCUUGGGCAGGUUUGUGGGCCUCAGUUUCCUCAUCUGGAAAAUGAAGCCAGCCCAGAGAAAGUGUUUCCUGGCCUCCCAGGCUCAGGAAAGGAGUACAAGAGACCCCACUGGGGCCUGGAGGGUUGAAGGUCCCCUGUAUGCUGCAGACCUUGGGGAUCAAGGGCUAAGGGCUGAAGUUUCCCUGUGUUCCAUGGACCUUGGGGAUUGAGGCCCAGGGCCCCAGUAGGGCUCAUGUCCUGGGCUGCUCAAGCCCUAACUUAGGGAGUGAUCCUGUGCACCAGAUCCUGCUCCAAGAUCUCCAUAGGGCAGUCCUGCUCUUCCCAGACCCCAGGCGGGCAAGUCACCAGUUUUGCAGACGGGGAAGUUGAGGCUGAGCCAGUUGCUGUCUGAGGACAAGAGCCCUCACUAUAGCAGAACCUGGCGGCUGAGAACACAGGAUGUGGCUUUUGGCAGAUGAAGUGUGAACCAAGACAAGACCUUGGUCGACCUCAGACAUAGCUAGACACUCAACCAGGCGCUGUUGUGGGUGCUGGACACACUCACCCUCACCAACCUCUCCUCCCAUCCGCCAACGGCUACUCCCAAACCUCUGGCUGGUGGGGCCUCCUCUCUGCAAGGGCCACAGUGGGCUGGGAAGCCACAGAGGAAUGCAGAAGUCGCAGCUCUAAAUUAAGGACUGGGAAGUGUUGGCUGCCUGGCGGCCCUGGGGAAGGGGCCACGUGGCCAGCCCGUGGCUGCCCUGCUGUGUCUGCCAGGGCUCCAGAAUCCCAUAGCCACCUCCUUGGCCAGAAGGACAGUGCAUAUCCAGAUCCCAAGAUCCUGAAAAAGCAAAGUGGUCCCUGGCCCUUGGGGAGUGCUGAUCACGACUCUUGCCUGUGAGACACAUGCCUCUUAUCAGAUACAUGAUUUGCAAGUAUUUUCUCCCUAUUGACGGUACUCACCCUUCUUGCGAUGAUGUGAGAUGAUAAAAUGCCUACAUGAUGAGAUGAAGUGAGAUGAAAAACAUAGGCCUUGUGAUGGAAUGGGAAAUACCAGAGAUAAUUUGCACCUGCGCUAAGCUGCGGCUACCCCCGCAAGCAACCUUCCAAGUCCUUCGUGGCAAUGGUGCUUCCGUGGGGACCGUGCUCAUGUUCCACUGCCCCUCCAACCACCAGAUGGUGGGGUCUGGGCUCCUCACCUGCACCUGGAAGGGGAGCAUCGCUGAGUGGUCUUCAGGGUCCCCAGUGUGCAAACUGGUGCCACCACACGAGACCUUUGGCUUCAAGGUGGCUGUGAUCGCCUCCAUUGUGAGCUGUGCCAUCAUCCUGCUCAUGUCCAUGGCCUUCCUCACCUGCUGCCUCCUCAAAUGCGUGAAGAAGAGCGAGCGGCGGCGCUCCAACAGGUCAGCCCAGCUGUGGUCCCAGCUGAAAGAUGAGGACUUGGAGACGGUGCAGGCCGCAUACCUUGGCCUCAAGCACUUCAACAAACCCGUGAGCGGGCCCAGCCAGGCGCACGACAACCACAGCUUCACCACAGACCAUGGUGAGAGCACCAGCAAGCUGGCCAGUGUGACCCGCAGCGUGGACAAGGACCCUGGGAUCCCCAGAGCUCUGAGCCUCAGUGGCUCCUCCAGCUCACCCCAAGCCCAGGUGAUGGUGCACAUGGCAAACCCCAGACAGCCCCUGCCUGCCUCUGGGCUGGCCACAGGAAUGCCACAACAGCCCGCAGCAUAUGCCCUAGGGUGACCACGCAGUGAGGCUGGUGCCCAUGCUCCACACUGGGAGGCCAGGCUGACCCCACCAGCCAGUCAGCUACAACUCCACAUCAACUCCACAUGCGCCCAGCUCGAGACUGAUGAGUGGAAUCAGCUUCCAGGUGUAGGGACCCCUUGAGGGGCCGAGCUGACAUCCAAGGCUGAGGACCCCAGUGGGGAGUGUUCUGUUCCGACAUAUCCUGGCCGUAACGAUUUUUAUAGUUAUGGACUACUUGAAACCACUACUAAGGGUAAUUUACCAGCUGUGGCCUCCCACUAACUAGCAUUCCUUUAAAGAGACUGGGAAAUGUUUUAAGCAAAUCUAGUUUUGUAUAAUAAAAUAAGAAAAUAGCAAUAAACUUCUUUUCAGCAACUACAGAAAA